CCUAACUAAUCACCGGUUGUAACAAGUUCCUAACCUUAACCAGUUGACAUCCCAACUCAACUAACCCGAACUUACCUUCUACUAAUGCUGGAUUAAACGUAUAAACAACAUCCAUCCCAUAUCCCAUUAUAUACAUGUGUAUAUAUACUUGUUUGUUUCAGCAAGUAUGCAACAAACACUAGGGAAGAUUUCAUCGGAGACGCACAGAGAAGAUGGGAAGCAUAGCAAGAAGAUGGAGGGAACUCAAUGGCGAAUCUUAUUGGAAGAACCUUAUCGACCCACUAGACAUUGAUCUUCGGGUUAACAUACUUCAUUAUGGUGAGAUGGCUCAAGCAACUUACGACACCUUCAACAACGAAAAAUUAUCGAAAUUCCAGGGAAGAAGCUUGUAUCAUAAGAAAAAUCUAUUCUCAAAAGUAUUUCUACCAAAACAUAAUAAGAUGUAUGAAGUAACCAGAUUCAUUUACGCCACUUCAGCAGCCUGGGCUGGAGCAUCGAAUUGGAUGGGGUUUGUGGCAGUGGCUACCGAUGAUGGGAAGGUUGAGUUAGGAAGAAAAGAGAUUGUUAUUGCCUGGAGAGGUACAGUUCGAACCCUGGACUGGCUUAAUGAUUUGGAUAUUAUUCCAGUAUCGGCUUCCGAAAUAUUUGGAGGAACAACCAAAUCAACUGAUGAACCCAAAGUUUACCAUGGUUCGCUCUCGAUCUAUCUGUCGAAAAACCCCUUGUCACGAUUCAACAAAUCCAGUGCUAGAGAUCAGGUUCUUGCUGAAGUAAGAAGGUUAGUCGAAGCAUUCAAGAAUGAAGAAAUCAGUAUAACUGUAACCGGACAUAGUUUGGGGGGUGCACUUGGAACCCUAAAUGCAGCUGACAUUGUUGCAAAUGAAUACAACAAAUCCAAGGAGCCAAAUAAAUCGUUUCCAGUCACUGCAAUCGUUUUUGCCAGUCCAAGAGUAGGAGAUGAAAACUUCAAACAUGUCAUUUCAGGAAUGGAAGAUCUCAGACUGUUGCGCAUCCGUAAUGCACUUGACUUUGUACCACACUGGCCAUUAGUAGGUUACUCUGACCCGGGUGUGGAGUUAACUAUUGAUACACAUAAGUCUCCAUACUUGAAGGGGCCAGGAGAUUUUUCAAGUUGGCAUAACUUGGAGGCUUACCUUCAUGGAGUUGCAGGAUCACAGGGUAAUGAAGAGUUUAAAUUGCAAGUAUGCCGUGAUCUCGCGCUGAUAAAUAAAAAAACAAACAACUUGAAAGACAUAUACCACAUUCCAGAAUCGUGGUGGUGUGAACAGAACAAGGGCAUGGUACAAGAUUCUGAUGGUUCAUGGAGGCUUCUGGAUAAUGAGGUAGACGAUGUUUAA